UCAUUAAAUAGGAAACGAGACCACACUAUUGCAUUUACUCAUCAAUCCUUUCCUCACCUGUACUUCCUAUUCUCUCCUUCUUCCUACCUUCUUCUUUAGACUUUCUCUAACCCUAACCUAAUUACAUCCAUAUAUUUAUAACAGUACGUUCUUCACAAAACCUACAAUUCACUCAACCACAGCAUCUCCUAAACUAGCUAGCUAGAAAGAUGAAGAACCAACAACAUCAAAUGUUCAUGUGUCUUUGUGUUUUGGCUCUCAUCAUAGGUGGCUGUAAUGGAGCUGAAGAUUUGGCUUCAAAGUGUGGAUCAGUGGUUCAAAAAGUGAUUCCAUGUCUGGACUUUGCAACUGGGAAAGCACCUACACCAAAGAAGGAAUGCUGUGAUGCUGCCAACAGUAUCAAGGCAACGGAUCCAGAGUGUUUGUGCUAUAUCAUUCAACAGACUCAUAAGGGUAGCCCUGAAAGUAAGAGCAUGGGUAUUCAGGAAGAUAAGCUUCUUCAACUCCCUACUGUUUGUCACGUCAACGGCGCCAACAUUUCCGACUGUCCCAAGCUUCUUGGUCUAUCUGCAAACUCCCCCGACGCUGCAAUCUUUAAAAAUGCUUCAAAGGCAAAUCCUACUCCUUCAUCAGCUGCUGCAACCACCGCAACUCCUACAACUCCCACCCCGGCAAGCACAGGUGGUUCAUCCAACCUUAGACCUGUCAUGAUCAACAACGUGAUGACGGUGAUUUUGGCCAUUGUUCUUGCUGCAGUACCUGCUGGAUUUAUCAGCAUUUAUACAUGAUGGGUUGGAUGUUUGAAUGCUUCACCUAACCACAGUGAAAUAUGGUUAGGAAGUAGUAAAGUAUUGGUUGGUUGAUUUUGUUUGCUGCAUACUAUCUGUUUUUUCUGUAGGACAUUAUCUCUGAUGUGUAAUGGUUUCUCGAAUUAUGGGAACAGGCCAUGAUGUUGCCUUUAAUUUGCCUUUAUUGUGGACUUAUUACUUUUCUGUUUCCCAUUAAUAUGGGAGUAGUUUGUUGGUGAUAAUUCGGAUUUAAUUUCUUAAAAAUAUUCACAUCAAUUUAGUUCGUA